CCGCCACCGGUUCGCAUACCGGCCUAACCGCCCUCGCCCAGCCAUCGUCGUUGACGCGAGGGCUUACACGAAGCACGAAGAUCUAGCUAUGUCUGCCUAACUGGCUUUGGUAGGUUAGCCCUGAAACUUGCCUCUGUUCCGGAAUUGGUCCACUCCGACCAAAUUCAAAUAAACACCAUCUCGUCUAAAAGUUAUUUGCAUACGUCUUCAGGAUCCUAUGCAGCUGCCCAGUUAAGGCAUAACUCACAUUCUUUAGUCAUGGACAUUGACAGAGGGAACAACAACAUGGACGAAGCCUCUCCUAAGCCUCACGGAGGGGAUGUCGGCAUGGUUGGAGCUGAUGGUGCAGCAGCAUCUCCGCAGCCGCAUAACGAAGAAGAUGAAGCAGCAAAUCCCCAGAACCGAUCCCCCCCCCCAGCUGAGACAAAUUACUGGGCGGAGGAGGAAAGGGUCAUGGGCAUGUUGGCUAAGUGUUUUAACAUUAGAGUCCUCCCGACGGGGUGGGAUAUUGGGGAGCUGAGCAAGGAUGGUAGCAAGGCUCACUUCACUUUGAACCCCUCGCUGGACGAGAUCAAAGUGAAGUGGUUGAAGGAACGUAUAGUCACGGUCAUCUUCCAGGAAGGUUCUAAGAACCUACCGAAGAAGAUUAAGGAGGAGGUAAUCCGGGCAUUCGAAGACAUUUGGAUGGGCGAAGAGCGUUUCGAUCCGGUGAUUACGCGAGGACGAGUGUGCAUUGAAUCCAACAACGUACUUUCCUAUAUAGCGAAGAAUGCCAGGGUGACGGAAUGGAUGCUUCAAGAAGAGGAAACGAGGGUGGCGUUACGAGGUAGAUGGUAUAGUAUUGCCUUCAAACCGUGGCUGACAAAGAAAGAGAUCCAAGAUGCUAAAAGGGAUACGACACAAAUCUAUUUUUGGCUUAGAAUUCUGGACGUUCCGAUCGAUGCCUAUUGUUAUCUGGAAUCUUCAGUGGAACACUCAAUCGGCCAAGUCAUGAAGGUCUAUCCUCCGGAGAAGGACGCGAGAACCCCUCAGUUGAUCAACGUGAGAAUCGAUAUGGCCUUAGAAGCUCUACCAAGGUUGAAGGAAACGAUCUUUUUCAUUACGUUCCAGGGGCAACUCAUAGAACUCAAGGUGGCAAAUGCUCAAACGCCGUGGUGUAGCCGUUGUCGUCGAUUUUACCAUUUGGUGGAGGACUGCCCAAGGCAACAGAGAAGAAGAGAUCCGAGUCUCAUUCCAAGUGUUUCGUCAUCAGCGAGCGAAGGUCAACAAUCGAGCUCACAUGGCGCCCGCAGUCAAGGAAGAGGAAACUCCGAGGCACAACGUUUGACCGGAAGACAUUCAAGAUCACCUGAGAAGUCCUCCUCGUCCAAGGGCUCCAGAGUGGAGAGGAGACGAUUUAAACAACCGGUGUAUUCCAGUACGUUGCAUCCUCUGGGGGGCGGUGGCCCUACGACCAGCCAAGGUAGGACAGAAGGAAUGUUUGUGCGCAAUAAUCCUUUCUUCUCGCCAGGCACCAGAACUCCUCACAAUAGCAAUGGAGGCAUCGUGCUAACCUCCUCCAGCAAGUUCGGUCAUCACAAAUCCGCCUCCGGUGACAAGGAUUCGAGGAGAGGCUUGACCUCACCUGCGAGGGAGCUCGGAACGGUGGAAGAGCAGAGAGUCCAAUCAAUUCGUCGGGCCUUGCAAGGCAGACACCUAACCACGCUCCUCGAGCUCCAACCAGGGUCAAAGGCAGGAAACGACACCGACGAAACAAAGGAGACGACUCGGCGAGGAUAUGAGAUCCUUCCGUAUUGAAGAAGAACUCGAUGGAGAGUCGUCCGCUUCGUCAACUCCCAGACAAAGUAACGAGUUGCAGGGGGCGCUAGGAUCCUCGAAGAGAAACAGAAGACAUGCCACUUCCUCCAAGGGUGGGGAACGAGACUGGGAUAAACACCUCCUUCCUCU